AUGGAUGUAGAAGAGAAAACAGGGAUUGAAAUGGGCAGUCCUUCAGCUAUUAUGGAGCAUGCAAGAGAUCUGUAUACAUCGAAGGACUAUAGGAGUCUUGAAAGUCUGUUUGGAAAGUGUUUGAAGAAGUCAUACAACUUGGAGCUCUGGAUGCUAUACAUCGAGUAUGUCCGAAAGGUCAGCCAGAAGAAAUUUAAGUUGUAUGAGGUGUAUGAGUUUACGUUAGGGCAGUUUGAGAAUUACUGGGACUCGUAUGGACUGUACAAGGAAUACAUUGAAGAGCUUGGAAAGAUCGAGGAUGAACAGACAAGGAUAGAAAAGAUAAGAAAUGGAUACAUGAGAGCGCUGCAAACGCCGAUGAGUUCCUUAAGCGAGCUAUGGAAGGACUUUGAGAACUUUGAGCUAGAGCUCAACAAAAUUACAGGAAAGAAGAUAGUAAGCGACACCCUUCCUAUUUUCCAGAGUUCGUUCCAAAGGUAUCAGCAGAUGCAACCGCUGAUAAGGUCCUGGAGUGUGAAGAAUGCAGCAAAGCUAAUAGAUCUGGAGAUGGAAAACGGAAUGAAGCUUGGGGGAAGAACUCAUGAGUCUAGGAUGCACUUUAUAUACAAUUACAUCCUAGAUUCAUUCUAUUAUGCAGAAGAAGCCUACUUCUUCUAUAGUGAAUAUCUGAUAGGCAUUGGACAGAAAGAGAAGGCCAAGAAGGUGAUUCAGAGAGGGAUUGAGAUGAGCGAUGGGAUGUUUCUGUCUCUUUACUAUGGGCUUGUGAUGGAUGAGGAGGAAGUUUAUGGAGAUCUGAAAAAGAAGUAUUUCUACCAGGAGAAUGAGGAUGGCGGGAAGUCUUCUGGAAGAGAAGCGGAUCUGUUAAGAAUCAACCAUCUGAACUAUGUCCUGAAGAAAAGGGGUCUUGAAUCUUUCAGGAAGUUAUUUAUUGAAGUUGGGAACGAGGGAAUAGGGCCUCAUGUCUUCAUAUACUGCGCAUUUGUCGAGUAUUAUGCAACAGGAAGCCGAACAACACCCUACAAUAUCUUCUCCUCGGGUCUCCUGAAGCAUCCAGACUCCACCUUGCUAAAGGAGCAAUUUUUCUUGUUUCUGCUCCGGAUAGGAGAUGAGGAAAAUGCAAGAGCCUUGUUUAAGAGGCUUGAGAAGACGUCCCGAAUGUGGGACUCGAUGAUAGAAUACGAGUUUAUGAUCGGGAGCAUGGAGCUGUUCAGAGAGCUCGUUGACCAGAAGAUGAGCUCGAUUAAGGACAAUGCAAUUCUUCCUGCUCUUCCCGAGAGGGAGAAGGAUAUACAAAUGGAAGGGAUUCUUGGAAGAUACCAUUGCUUCCUUAAUUCAUUCAACUUCCUCGAUCUGAAGAUCAAAGACAACUCAAGGCUCCUGGACGAGUUUAUGGAAAGCCUCCCGAAGAUAAGCCAACAAAACAACGUCCUCUCCAACUUGAAGCCCGACAAAAUAGUGGAUCUCCUCAAGUGUAUCCAAUAA